AUGGAAAAGGCGAGUGCCACAAGAGGGUUCUUCCAAGAAGUUCCCGUGUUGAGCAACCAAUUCCACGAGGAUCCGAGUAUUCAGAGGGUGUUGAAAUUGUUUGUGCCAGGCCAGGUGUUACAAGGCGCGGCUUCGGAGAUUGAGCAGCUUUGCGAUGAAGCACUCUCUCCACAAGUCCUUGAAUGGGUUACCGACGCCGAGAAGAAUCAACCGUACAUUACUGGCGGGGGCAAGAAUGCUUUCGGUCGCCCCGUUGACACGAAAUUAGUCGUGACUGAAGGCUGGAAGAAACUUCAAGAUCGCGGUUUUGAAAAUGGAUUUUCUGCUCAGGGAUACGAGCAAGGCCUAGGACAGUACACACGAGUGUUACAGUACAUGCGUCUACUUCUCUGGGAAGGGUCGAGUGCAAAUACAUCAUGCCCACAGGCCAUGCAAGACGGUGCCAGCCGACUCCUCCAGAGACAACUCACAGGCCAAGGCCGCAAGCUCAGCCCGGUGGAGAAAAGAGUAUUUGAGAACGCUUUUGUCCAUCUCACAUCCCGUGACCCGAGCAAGGCCUGGACGAGCGGCCAAUGGAUGACGGAGCGCCCUGGAGGUAGCGACGUUUCCAAGACGGAGACGAUUGCCUCAUAUGCACCGGUCAGUACUUCUGAUGGAUUCUCGCCGCAAUGCAGCCCUUCCGAGGACAUACCGCUGGGCCCGUGGACCAUCUCCGGCUUCAAGUGGUUUUCCAGCGCGACAGACAGCAAUAUGACCAUCCUCCUCGCGCAGACGUCCCCAGGAAAGGGCCUGAGCGCCUUUUACGCACCGAUGCGCCGCUGGAAUCCGAACCUCGCCGUGUCCGCGGGUGGCAAAAAGGGCGGCAUGGAGCUCAACGGCGUGCGCAUUACCCGGCUCAAGAAUAAAAUGGGCACAAAGUCGCUGCCCACGGCGGAGCUGGAGCUCGACGGUAUGCGGGGCUGGCUGAUUGGUGAAGAAGGCAAGGGCAUCCGAGAGAUCACCACCAUCCUCACCAUUACACGAAUUCGAUCUGCCAUUGGCGGCUUGGGCUACCUGAGUCGCAGUCUGGCCGUGGCGCGAGCAUUCGCCCGGGUCCGCGAGGUCGGCGCUGGCAGAGGGGCCCGGAUCAGGCUGAGUGACAGCCCGCUGCACAUGCGCACGCUGUCCGACAUGACAAUUGAGUAUCACGGGUUAAUGCUGUUGACAUUUUACGGGACCUACGUCAUGGGCAUCGACGAACAUGGCGCAGCCUCGCCGUCCUCUUCUCCUCCGGGAUCCGUCCCCGUCGCCAUUCAACGCCUCGCGCCGUCUUCGCCCUCGCGCGCGACGGCGCUCCUCCGGGUCUUGACCCCGGUCAUCAAGGCGUACGUCUGCAAGAACUCUAUCUACCUGAUUUACGCCUGCAUGGAGUCACUCGGCGGUGUCGGAUACCUCGAGAACAGCGAGACCGAACACGUGAAUCUGGCGCGCCUCUUCCGCGACGCUUGCGUCUUGAGUAUCUGGGAGGGCACCACCGACGUGCUGAGCACAGAUUUCGUGCGGGCUCUGAAGCACCCGCGCGAAGGCCCCGAGAGCCUGGCCGCCCUGGAUGCACUGAUCGAGGCCGGGCUGGAGGGCAAGGCGCAAGGCACGGUACUGGCGCAGCGAUGGGCAAAGACCAAGAGUACGAUGCAAGGGACGGCACAGGAGGAUCUCAUGAGCUCAGCCAGGGACUUGGUGUGGGAAACAGCAGAGAUCUUGAUCGGAUCGCUAUAUCUUGUGGACGCGGGCCUGGACGGCGAUGCUCGCAUCAAGGAGAUGUGCUGGAGGUUCCUUUCGACCAAGCGUCUCACGGAGCAAAAUGCAGGAGGGCAGUAUCGCCAAAUCGACCUGGUCACGAACCAGACUAUUGUCUUUGGCAGUGGUUCGUCGCCUAGUCUUGAAGCAAAGCUAUGA